AUGGAGCAAGUAAAAUCACCACCAUCCUCCCCGGCAAUAUCAAAUUGUCGGGGUGGGGGUGGGGGUGGGGAUGGGGGAGGGGAAAGUACGAGAUAUCCGAUUUAUCGUGGUGUCCGUAGACGACGUUGGGGAAAAUGGGUGUCCGAAAUUCGAGAGCCAAGAAAAAAAUCGCGAAUUUGGUUAGGUUCUUUUAUUUCACCCGAAAUGGCAGCUCGAGCUUAUGACGUGGCGGCUUAUUGCCUCAAGGGAAGUAAAGCGGAGCUGAAUUUUCCAGAUGAAAUAGAGCGAUUACCGCGGCCGAUUAGUUCCGGGGCUAGAGAUAUUCAGGCAGCAGCGACGAUGGCAGCGAAUAUGGGGAUUGUGAAGGGAAAAAACGAUGAAGAUCGUUGUUGUAGCGAUGAUUUUUGGGAAGAAAUUGAGCUGCCGGAAUUAAGAGAUAUUGCCGGAAAAGAUUAUUAUUUGUCAUCGGAAAGUGAUCAUAAUUAUUUUAACUCUGAGGUAUGGCAAUGGAAUUCUUGUGGUGUGGAGUUUCCUAGUGAUGAUCUUAUAUAGUAGAGUGUAGACGAUUGAGUUGUGUAAUUAUUGUAUAGUAUU